AUGGCGAUCAAGGAGGAGACGAAGGAGAGUUGCAGAAGCAGAGCUGUCGUGCCUUGUGUAUCUAAGAAAAACCCAAGGCAGCAUCAGAGAGCAGAAGAUGUCCUCACUCAUCAGAGAUUGCUCAAAUUGGCUGAAAAUCCUGCAACUAGACAUGUUUUUGAAGUUCGUGGUGUACAGGUUUUUCCCACAUUAAAUGAACAUUCUGCUGACGCUGAUCCUUCAGAUCCGGCGGUGAAGGAAGAUGCUCAAGGCUCUUACCACUCGAGCAGGCAAGGAUAUGUGUAG